CUUGCAUAAAAUUCCGCCAGGAUGUUCAUGCACCAUCGCCUUCAUGGACUAAUCUUCGCUAGGAUUUUCUCGCUGCAGCGCAGCCUCAUGAAGGGACCACAAGACAGGACUUCCCCAUUGGUCUGGAAGCAAUCUCAUCCUGACCAGACCGUCGGAACAUGCCGCAAAUCGAGUCUAUUGGCGGAGCAGCGGGAGCAGUCGAAUCCUUUUGGCAAGGAUUACCGCAUCUACCAGCAGAACGUCGACUUAGAUGCCUUUUUUGGCGAGGAGCCCAAGUACGAGAAGGUGUCGGAUGUCUGCCUGCUAAAUGACCACUUUAUCCUGGUAAAGAUGCCGCCACCAGAUCCUUCCCCGCCUCCUCUAAAGUCCAAGCUUCCUCGGUGUUUCAAAUGUAAUCGUGGUAGUCGUGUUUCUCCCAUUCGGGAGGAAGCGGAUGAGGAACCCUCUCCCUGGUCAUCGCGCGAUCAAAACGAGAUCGAGGUCUUCGAUUCCAGUACCAGGCUAACUAAUAAGCCAACUCCCGUGAUAGUGGAGCAGCCACAUCCCACGCUGCAGCUGGAGGCGAUCCAAUCCGUGGCUCCGGGGCAGCUGAAGGUGCCGCCCAUAAGUCGGGGACCACUCCACUGGUUCCUCUGGCCCUUCCGACGGCGUCUGGACACCAGGAGCCAGUCGAAACUUCCACUGGCCGCCGUCCAUAAGACCUACUUUGUGCGGUGGAGCAAGCCGCCGGAUACACUUUGGCAUGGAUUCGGAGUGGACACGGUAGAGGUGCAGAAAUCCGAGCUUCGACGUUGCCGUUCGGCAGUUUUCUGAACUAUCCGCUAACGAUUUUGUAUAUAUUUUUUACGCUUACUAUCUUAAGGGUCCAUUACUUGAAGGAAAUCAAGGGUUUCAAUAAAAGUUUUAAAAUAACUUAUGCAAAAAUAUU